AUUCUAAUAAUAAUCAGUAACUAUCAGUGACAAUAAAACAACAUUAAUUAACCCAAUAAGCAAAACCAAUGCAAACAGAUGAAACAAUCAUGUUACUUGUUGACCAAACCAAUAGACGUCACUAGCUAACCCAAUCCCAAAUUCAUAGCUACUAGUGACACCUUGUGGUUUGGAGUGAAAAUACAAGAACUGAAAAUGUUUGUUUCAUUUUACCGUUAGUUGUAAAUUAUUUCAACUUAAUGUGGUUGUUGACAUAUUUGUUUUGCCUUUCAUCAAAUUCAACCUUUAACCUAGACGGUUAAUAUUUACUCAUCAACUUUAACCCUUUAAUAGAAAAUUAAAGAGCAAAUAAUGUUUAUAAAAGUGUCCAAAUGAUUAAGAUGUGCGGUAAUCGUAAAAGUUGGCCUUUGGUUAAGUCAACAAAAAGUGAUACAACUUUCAAUCGAAACCAUUUUCGAUGUAAACAAUUAAAUAAUUGGCUUCAAUUGUAUUUAAGUGAUUUCAUGACAAUUGUGUUAAAAGUGAUUCUCUGUUUCUUUUUGAUACCAAUCAUCAUUCCAUCAUCAACAGUCAAUGCAAAACGGCUCAACUCAGGUAUUCAUGGGACUAAACAUCAUCCAAAGUUUAUAGGCUCAGUUGAAAAUAUAACAAUACCUAUUGGUAAAGAAGCUACCUUAACGUGUAAUGUUGAAAAUCUUGGGAAUCACAGGGUUGCUUGGCUUCGCGCUGAUCCUGAAGUUACUUUGCUCACACUGGAAACGUCCAUCAUUGUUAAAGAUAAUAGAUUACGUGUAACCAAUGAUAUCAAUAAACUUUGGUCUUUGCACAUAAAAAAUGUUACAGAAAACGAUAGAGGAACUUACAUGUGCGAAGUCAAUUCAGAGCCAAUGAUUAGUAGAAAAGCAUAUUUAGAUAUUUUAGUUCCACCUUCAAUCGUUGAUAAUGAAACAAGUUCAGAUACAGUUUUGGACGAACGAAGUAAACUAUCUUUACAUUGUAAAGCCAACGGCUAUCCAACUCCAGUGAUAAUAUGGAGACGUGAAGAUGGCAAAAACUUAAGCACUGGAUUCAUUGGUGCAUCCAAAGUGGAAGGUGAAUAUUUAAAUAUAAGUCAAGUAACUCGAGAUGAUAUGGGAGCUUACCUUUGUAUUGCCUCUAACGGUGUUUUACCUUCAAGAAGUAAACGAAUUUUCGUCCAAGUUAAUUUUCCACCUAAGAUUCGUGCUGGUCAGUUAAGUUUUGGGGCCGCUAAAGGAUCUCAUGUGGACCUGCAAUGUGAAGUUGAAGCUUCACCCAAACCAAUGACUAGUUGGAUAAGAAAAGAUCAAAUGUUGUUUGCGUCUAAAAAGUACAAAAUUGAAGAGAUUGUCAACUUUUAUAAUGUAACAAUGAAACUGCGAAUCAAUGAUUUGGAAGAAAAGGAUUUUGCAGCUUAUAAAUGUGUUGCCAAAAAUACUUUGGGUGAACGAGAAGGUCGCCUUAGGGUUUAUGAAAUACCAUCAACAACACCGUUCCCUGUAAGAUCAACCUCUUCCACUCAUAAACCAUCCAGGAAAGUAUUUACCGCCAGCACUGCAACCAUUUUUAGCCCUGGUAACAAUAGGAAGGAUGAAAAGGUGAAAUCAAACAGCAUGAGAGAAAUGGCUCAAAAAAGAGAAUCAUUAAAUGGAAAUAAUGUAAAUAAAAAAUCAAAUUAUGAUCAAACCAACGUGUUUAGUGGAAGCAAUGAGAUCAAAUCAAGUGGAGUAAUGAUCAAACAAUUAGGUUACAAUGGAUUAAAGAUAUUGACCAUGGCUGGGUUCAUUACAGUGUUUACCUGGUGGUGAUAACACACUGGAAAACCAUAGUCCAUCAUCUAGUCAGCUCAAAUUAUGCCAACAAUCAAUCCUUUGGUUAAUUGCUUUUCUUUCCCAACCUUUCAAUGGGAAACUUAACCAAUGUCUUGUACCAAUUACUAUCAAAUGGAUGGUCCAGAUGUUUAACUUGAUAUUUGUUAGCUUUUUUGAUCAUCAAGACAUCAAUGGGUUAUCUUUUGGAAAGAUUUGAAUCACAUCAUUUAUAUUCCCAGUAAUUCCUUUGGUUUAGUAAUUCUUGAUCAACACCAUCUUGAAUUAUUUAAAUUGAAUAAAUCUGUAAAGAAAAAGGAUAAAAAAAGAUGAGAAUAAAGUAAAUAUGAAAAAAAUGGAUAAUAUUAAACAUGAAUUGCUCACUUUUAGACACUGACAAUGAACUUUUAUCGUUGAUUGUCAAUAGCCAAAAAAUAUGAUGCAUAUUGAGAUAUGAAAAAAAGUCUCCUCCGAUAGAUUAAUUUACUUCUUUUCAUCAACUUUUUUCCUAUUUGUUAAAUAUUACAAUGGAUCUGUAAUGAUCACUUUAUGUAAAAUGAUGGAUCAGAGGAAGCAAAUAAGCAACCUCAAAACAAUAAAAAAAAGACUAUGUAAAUUUAUGAAA